AGUUUGCAACUGUUUAUAAACCCCAGCUUGCUCCACGCCAAUUUCACUCACAACAAAAACAAAAGAGAUGGCAAAGAAAAUCGAAAAAUGUCUACAAGAUUUUCUUCCCAAUAUCAAAAAACCAAAACCCAAAGUCCAUUUCCCUCCUAAUGUUUCACUUUCUUCAUCCAAGGAUUGGAUCCUCUCCGGUUGUAAGCAACCCAAAACGCUGUCGUUUGCAGUGGGCCGAAAUCAAAACGACGACUCCGCCACACUUACCGAUAUCGACCAAUUCCUUGUUGAAAAUUUCAAGUCACUUUAUACAAAAGACGACGUCGUUCGAGCCAAUCAGGAUAGCCAAAACGACAACCAAGAUGUCGUUUGGUUUGAAUCUCCCCGGCUACUCGAUACACUUCCGAAUCUCCGUGGGUCCCGCCGAUUCUUUGUAAGCACCGGAAUAUCGAGCUCGCUCAUCGAGGAAUCCCGGGCGAGUAUUACCACCACCGCCACCACCAGUACUACUACUUGUUCGAACGACGUCGUUUGUGAGGAUACGGCGUCGUUUUCGUCUGCAACCGUCGAUAAUGAUGAUGAAUGGACAAAGCUUCCCGACCAAUGCGUCGCCGUUUUGGCGAACUCACCGAAACCUUACGAUGAUUUCCGGCAGUCCAUGAACGAGAUGGUCGAAGCUCGUCUCCGGCGGCGGAAGAACGUUGACUGGAGUUUCAUGGAGGAGCUUCUGUUCUGUUACCUGAACCUAAACGACAAAAGAUCGUACAAGUACAUACUCAGCGCAUUCGUGGAUUUGAUCGUCGAUUUGCGUCGGGAUUCCGAACCAGCUCCGUCAAGAUCACGGAAAGUGACUCGAACUCGAAAUACUCAAACCAUGGCAGGAAUAAGCAUAUUUUGACUUUGGCACGGAUUACAAUACCAAGAUUAACUGAAUUGAAGGGAGCAUCAAUUUUUUUUUUAAGCUUAUAGCAACUUUUAUAUAAAAU